UGACAGGAAAAUGCAAUUAUAUGAAGGAGAUCCAAUAAAACACUUACUAAAAACACAAAAGUCGAUAGGAACUGAUGACUUCUACUUUCACGUUGUUGCCGAAAUAAAAUGUGCUCGUGCUCUGCUGACUGAAGAAAACCUAACCCCACAGCCCAGCGAAAAACACACGCACUAGCGCCAACAUAACAGCCCAAUCUCUCAUUUUCUGUUUCUUCAGUUUUCAAAUGUUUCUCGAAAUUAUAAGGCAUUAAAACAAUUUAAAAUAUUAAUUUAUUUGAAAUUAUGUAUUUGUAAAAUGAUUUCAACAUUUAAAUUCAGAAAAAAUAAUGUGUGUGUCGUUUCAGAAGGAUGGUAUGAGUGGUGCUCUUCUAGAACGUGCUGGAACGUGCUGUCUCACGCUAGGCUAGAAGGCGUCGGUAGGCAUGUUGGUUCAUGUUCACGAAAAAGAGCGCGAAGUUGUGUGCCGGGUCCGUCCGUUAGCCGUAGGGUAGGGUAAGGUUUCGUCGUUAAAAGUCACAUAAUUAUAGUUUAGACAGGUUUCAAAAUGGGAGAUGAAGAAAAGAGUAGUCGAGAGUCGAAUAAGUGGCUUGUAGUACGCUGUGACGAAGAUUCCUCGUUCAGUCUGAUAGAGAAGAAAGAGGCCGUGUUCGAUGACGAACACCUCAGCACGGGAGACAAAUUGAAAUUCUUCUACAACAACAAAGAGUAUGACGGCGAAGUGUGUGCCAUGGGAGGUGAGCUAUUUAAUUCUUCCUAAGAUGAUUAGUUAUGACCUGCGCUGUUGACCGCCGGAUGCUAUCGGCCGGGUUAACCUCUCUGUCUUGUCUUGUAGGUGAUGAUGACUACGACGGGCUUGUCGUAAAGCUCAAUGAACUUAACGCAUCGAACAGGAUUAAAAGAGAGCUAUCCUUCCACGCAGACAAGCCACGCAGGGGCCGUGGCAAGGGUCUUGAGGCAGUCUUGAGUACCUUGAAAUCAAGACGCGUGAAGAAGUCUACACAGGAUGAAGAGACCAACAACAACUCCACAAAUCGUGCUGAUGUGACCAAACCAAAGUCGGGCUCUGACUCAAGUGGGAGUAGUUCACGCACAGGUUCAGCUACUUCAUCGCGCUCAUCAUCGCCUUUACCUGAAGAAAGGUCCUCCAGCGAUGUUAGGAAUGCUUCUCAGGUCAAGCGUAAAGCUGUAGAUAAUGACCUCAAACUUCUUAAAAAAUUGAGACAUGCUAGUCCCGAGCAAGCUAGUGAACUAAUGAGUACGUUUCAAUGCCUGAGUUUGUUUUCCUUAGCAAAGAAUGAUUUUCUAUUUAUCUUAUCUUUCUGCUUUUUGUUAUAG